AUGCAGAUCAAUUCCGUCCUCAUGGCCGCUCUCAUGUCCGCCUAUGUCCAUGCCAUCCCACUUAACAUCAAUCUCGGCGCUUAUUCACCCGCCCUGGUAGUCGGUGAUGGAGAGAUUUCAUUCAAGGGUAAAGAAGAUGUCUCAGAUCUUAUGAACGCACUCGAAGGCGCUGCUGUUGAGGGUGCCGCCAAGAGUAAGGCCGCCGGAGGUGCACCGCCGCCCCAGGGAUCUCCUGCCGCCGCCCCACCGCCCACAGCUGCCCAAGUCUCUGGUCUCGGCGAGCCUGAGCCAGCACCACAAGUUAGCGCACUCCAGGGAAUGGGCAAACACAUUGCGCCACGCGUCGUGCCCCUAGUCAAACGCGACAAUGACCCACGCAGUCUCAAAGGCUUCGGCGCCGCCCUCGACUAUGCCGUAGCAACCCUGAACAAAGGCCCUGCCGUCGAACUCAGUACAGGUCCUUCCGGUUCCGGAAUUGGAGUCAAAGUCACGCCCACUGGCGCCGGAGCACCAAAGGCUCCCGGUGGUGGUGGUGCUGGAAAUGGUGCAGGUGCAGGUGGUGGUGCUCCAAAAGCUGGAGGAGGUGCUGGAGGCGGUGGUGCUGGACCUGGAGCAGGCGCUGGCGCCGGAGCUGGAGCAGGAGCUGGAGCCGGAGCAGGCGCAGGAGCAGGCGGAAACAAAGGUAAUGGUAAAGCUGUCAUUGGCCGUCGCUCCGAUCACGCAGAUCCCAAGCCCAAGACGACCGUCACAACCAUGUUCAUCCGCGGCCGGCCAAAUCUCGAUGCUGCCACAACCCUCGAAGCAGGAGAAGUGCUCGAAAAGCGGGCAACUCCCGGCCUCGAUGGAGUAAGUCUCAAUGUCGCUCAAGGCCAGGUGGCAGAGCUCACCUUUGUUGAGACACGCUCAGCCGACGAUGCAGAGAAAGACGAAGAAUAG